CGUCCUCGUGAUCCUCCUCCUCCGCCUCCUCCUCCUCCUCCUCCUCCUCGGCCUUUUCCUCCUCCUCCUCCACAUCCUUCUCCUCCUCGUCCUCCUCCUCCUCCUCCUCCUCCUGCUCAUCCUCGUCCUCCUCGUCCUCCACCUCCUCGUACUCCUCCUCGUAGUCCUCCUCGUCCUCCUCGUCCUCAACCUCCUCCUCCUCCUCGUCCGCCUAGUCCUCCUCCUCGUCAUCCUCCUCCUCCUCCUGGUCCUCCUCCUCGUCAUCAUCCUCGUCCUCCUCCUCCUCCUCCUCCUCCUCAUAUUCCUCCUCCUCGUCAUCCUCCUCCUCCUCCACAUCUUCCUUGUCCUCCUCCUCCUCCUCCUCCUCAUCUUCCUCAUCCUCGUCCUCCUCCUCCUCCUCCUCCUCCUCCAACUCCUCCUAGUGCUGGUCCUCCUCCUCCUCCUCCUCCUCCUCCUCCUCGUCCUCCUCGUCCUCCACCUCCUCGUACUCCUCCUCGCAGUCCUCCUCCUCCUCCUCGUCCUCCUAGUCCUCCUCCUCCUCGUCCUCCUCCUCCUCCUGGUCCUCCUCCUCGUCAUCAUCCUUGUCCUCCUCCUCCUCCUCCUCAUAUUCCUCCUCCUCCUCGUCCUCCUCCUCCUCCUCGUCCUCCUCCUCCUCCUCCUCCUCCUCCUCGUCCUCCUCAUCCUCCUCCUCCUCCUCCUUGGCCUCCUCCUCCUCCUCCUCCUCGUCCUCCUUCUCCUCCUCUUCGUCCUCCUCCUCGUCCUACUCAUCCUCCUCGUCCUCCUCGUUCUCGUCCUCCUCCUCCUCCUCCUCGUCCUCCUCCUGCUCGUCCUCAUCCUCGACCUCGUCCUCCUCCUCCUCCACCUCCUCCUCUUCCUCCUCCUCCUCCUCCUCCUCCUCCUCCUCCUCCUCCUCCUCGUCCUCCUCGUCCUCCUCCUCCUCCUCCUCCUCCUCCUCGUCCUCUUCGUCCUCCUCGUCCUCCUCGUCCUCCUCCUCCUCCUCGUCCUCCUCCUCCUCGUCCUUUUCCUCCUCCUCCUCUUCCUCCUCCUCCUCCUUAUCCUCCUCCUUCUCUUCCUCCUCGUCCUCCUCGUCCUCCUCCUCCUCCUCCUCCUCUUCCUCCUCGUCCUCCUCCUCGUCCUCGUCCUCGUCUUCGUCCUCAUACUCCCCGUCCUCCUCGUCCUCCUCCUCCUCCUCCUCCUCCUCGUACUCCUCCUCCUGCUCGUCCUCCUCCUCCCCCCCAACCUCGUCCUCCUCUUCCUCCUCGUCCUCCUCCUCCUCGUCGUCCUCGUCCUCCUCCUCUUCCUCCUCCUCGUUCUCCUCCUCGUCCUCGUCCUCCUCCUCCUCCUCCUCUUCGUCCUCCUCCUCCUCCUCGUCGUCCUCAUCCUCCUCCUCCACCUCCUCCUCGUCCUCCUCCUCCUCGUCCUCCUCCUCGUUCUCCUCCUCCUCCUCCUCGUCCUCCUCCUCCCCUUCCUCCUCCUCCUCGUCCUCCUCCUCUUCGUCCUCCUCGUCCUCCUCCUCUUCCUCCUCCUCGUCCUCCUCCUCGUCCUCCUCCUCGUCCUCCUCCUGCUCUUCCUCUUCGUCCUCCUCAUCCUCGUCUUCCUCCUCCUCCUCCUCCCCCUCCUCCUCCUCCUCCUCCUCUUCCUCCUCCUCCUCCUUAUCCUCUUCCUCCUUCUCUUCCUCCUCGUCCUCCUCCUCCUCCUCCUCCUCCUCCUCCUCGUCCUCCUCCUCGUCCUCCUCCUCUUCCUCCUCCUCUUCCGCCUCCUCCUCCUCCUCUUCCUCCUCCUCCUCCUUAUCCUCUUCCUCCUUCUCUUCCUCCUCGUCCUCCUCCUCCUCCUCGUCCUCCUCGUCCUCGUCCUCCUCCUCCUCCUGCUCCUCCUCCUUCUCCUCCUUCUCCUCCUCCUCGUCCUCCUCAUCCUCAUCAUCCUCCUCCUUUUCCUUCUCCU